AUGGCCGCGUCUCCUCACGACGACGGCAUGGCCGAGAUCGUGAUCUCCUCGCUCCCGCUCGAGACACGGUGCCCGCCGUUCCUGCUCAGGCAGUACGGUGGCUUCUGGAUACCCGAGUCGACUCUCCCUGGCGUAGCCGCCGCACACACGCGGUUCAAUCCGAGGCCGUCCGACGUCCUCCUGGCCAGCUUCCCCAAGUCCGGCACCACCUGGCUCAAGGCCCUGGCCUUCGCCACCCUCAACCGCGUGAAGCACCCGCCACGCCAUGCUGACCACCCGCUCCGUCGUUGCAACCCCCAUGACUGCGUCAAGUUUUUGGAGUGGGAUGACCACGGCGACGUGCUCGAGGCGCUCCCUUCGCCGCGAGUGCUGGCUACGCACAUUCCCUACACCCUCCUACCGGCGCGCGUCACGUCGGUGGACGGCGGGUCCGGUGGCCGGAUCGUGUACAUCUGCAGGGACCCCAAGGACGCGCUGGUGUCCAUGUGGUUCUUCACAAAGAAGAAGCUCGCGGAUGAAGCCUACACGAUCGAGGAGGCGUUCGAGUUCUUCUGCGACGGCCGGGCCUUCUACGGGCCGCAGUGGCAUCACGUCGCGGGCUACUGGGAGGCGAGCCGGAGGCGGCCGGAGGAGGUGCUAUUCCUGAGGUACGAAGACAUGCUGCGUGACCCCGCGGGCAACGUGAGGAAGCUGGCGGAGUUCAUGGGGUGCGGCUUCUCCGGCGAGGAAGAGGCAGCGGGGGUCGUGCAGGACAUCGUGGAGAUAUGCAGCAUGGAUGCCCUGAAGAACAUGGAGGGGAACAAGAGUGGUUCUCAGAGAACCUUCAGGAAUGAAACUUUCUUCCGGAAGGGGGUCGCGGGAGACUGGAGCAACUACUUGACGCCGGCGAUGGCGGAGCGUCUGGACAAGAUCGCGGAGGAUGCGCUGCGAGGAUCGGGGUUCACGUUCGCCGCCACCGAAUCCACGUGA